GUUUAAUUAAGUUAUAAUAAUCAAAACAUCAUCCAAAAAUCAAAGUUUUAUUCAUAUUUAAUGAUUUUAUUUUUAUCGUCCAUUAUCCAAUCAUAAAUAAACGUCAAAUAAGAGGAAAAACAAAUGAUUCCGUAUUCUAAAACUGUAUCAAAAGUGUCAAUAAAAUUAUGGAAACAGAAUCAGUAAAAUCAGAAAGGAGUAAUCGAUCGCAUAAAAGUCGAAAUUCAGGAAUAAAUUCGCACCGUUCAAGGCAUUCGAAUCGAAAUCAAUCGGGUAAUAAAGGAAAAAUGGCACCGUUCCAAACAACAGUUAAUUUAUCCAACGAUGAUUCUCGUGAAGGACAUGGUCAGGAAGUGAUUGAAGUACAGAUCCUGCCACAAGAUGAGAAUUGGGGAACGGAGACUCACAUUACGGGAAAUACAUCAGAACAAAGCAUCUCAAUGGAAAAUGUUAAUUGGCCUACAAAUGAAAGUGGUGCACUAGCUUGUCAGAAACAUUUUGAACAGAUUAUCGCACUUCUAUUGUGUUUGGCAUCAUUUUUUAGUCCAAUCAGUAUGGCACUAUUACCUAAAUUAGGGUUUUUCCCAUCGACUUUUCAAAAUGAGGAACUCAAUCAAUUGACAAAAUUUCAAUUAUUAGACUGUAAUGCUGAAUGCAAAGGCUUACUAGUAACAUUAACUACAAGACAAUUACUGCUUGCAAUCGCACUAUGGGCGCUUUUCUUCCGUCGACCAGUAGCAAUUAUGCCUCGAAUUUUUCUAUUUCGAUCGAUAUCACUUCUAUUAGUUUUAAUAGUGACAUUUUCAUAUUGGUUGUUCUACAUCUUCCAAGUAACAGAAAGUAUUAGGAAAGCAAUUGUCGAUGGAACGGAAGUAGCAAAUUACAAGACUUUAGUGUCAUAUGCGAUCAAUUUUAGUGACACUCUUCUUUUUAUACACUAUGUAGCCGUCAUAUUGCUAGAAAUUCGUCAUUUACAGCCACUGUAUUAUGUGAAAAUUGUUCGAUCUCCCGAUGGUUUGUCUAAAAGCUAUCCAAUUGGACAAUUAUCAAUACAAAGAGCAUCUGUAUGGAUCUUACAAAAGUAUUAUACUGACUUUCCAGUCUAUAAUCCAUAUCUUGAGAGAAUUCCAUUAUCGAAGCAGCAACGUAAAGCAUUAUCGACAAGUUUCAAGUAUUAUGACGUAGACGGUUCCAUUCAACCAACACAACAGCAACAGAGUCAAAGAGCAGUAUUGGCAGCGCAUGCACGAAGACGCGAUUCAUCACAUAAUGAGAGAUUUUAUGAAGAACAUGAAUAUGAGCGUCGUGUAAAGAAGAGACGUGCUAGAUUAAUAACAGCUGCCGAAGAAGCUUUCACACACAUCAAGCGUGUUCAUGAUCAAUCAACAUCGAAUACAUUAGAUCCACACGAAGCAGCAGCUUCAAUAUUCCCAUCAUUAGCCAGAGCUUUACAGAAAUACCUCAGAGUUACAAGACAACAGCCGAGAUUCUCAGUCGAAUCAAUUUUAAAGCAUUUAUCUCAUUGUCUUAAGAAUGACCUCUCACCGCGUGCAUUUCUUGAAUCAUACUUAGUUGAGAUGCCAGUUCUACAGAAUGAGAAAGAACGUCACAAUCAGUCAUGGUCAUUAAUAUGCGACGAGUUACUCUCACGUCCCAUUUUCGACUCAUGUGUUUUUCAGUUGGUUCAAAAUGAUGUGUCACUUACCGUUUCAGUGCAUAAGAUACCACACUUUAAUAUCACUGAAAAAGUCGUUGAUCCAAAGUGUAACAAGUUUGUGCUGCGUUUAAAUUCAGAAACGAGCGUUUGACACGACUUUGAGAAUGAAAAUGAAAAGAGAAUUAUUGUAUAAUUAGA